UGAUUUUGCAUUUCCGGGUAUGGGGCACUAUUCGUAAACAAAACAGUUCUCCUCCUUUUCAGCUCCUGCACGCUGCUUUGCAUGGCUGUACACAGCACAGCCAUGCAAAGCAGUGUGCUUACAGUGAAGCACAAACACAGGACAUGAUGUAAAAUGGCACACAGUUAACCCUUUGAUCACCUCACAUGUUAACCCCUUCCUGCCCAGUGCCAUUAGUACAGUGUCAGUGCUUUUUAUUAGCAUUGAUCACUGUAUUGGUGUCACUGGGAAUGUCAGUGACACCAAGUCAGUUCCCCCCAGUAUCAGAAUGCCCGCCGCAGUCCCGCUAU